UUCUAUAUGUCGAUGGAAAAAUUGGUGAAAUGGAUAAUACCAUUGUAUUGUAUACCACAUGCACAUGAAGAACUGCAAGAGAAAGACGAAUGGUGGUUGUCCGAUUUGCAAGCAACUGAUCGCGCUAUGUUGUUAUCACGCGAAACACUGCCAAGAGACCAAGUGUCUUGUUCCAUUCUGCUCCAAUAUUAAACCCUAGAUAAAGUAGCAACAGGUGCAACAACGGCUACAACAGACGCAAUUACUCAGGAGACGAAUGGCUGUGAUGACGAGUACGAGACUAUGGGUGCGUUCCGUGUUGCGCAUGAAACGCAUAGACUGCAAUACUGAUGCGCAACGCUUCGAAAUCGUUCCGUUUUUUCAAUGCGCGCGUGAAGUGCAUGAGUGCUUGAGAAUUUCGGAACGAUUUCCUAAGCGAUCUAUGCGAAUUGAAAAUGGACGCCGUACGAUACAAUAAUCGAAUUUCAUCAGCAACAAUUAUUUCUUCAUUGAUAUUUUUAAACAAUGAAAGUGAUAGCUCCGAAUCGAGUGACAGUGAAGAAGAUGAAAUUUCGCUUAGUGACAUGAAAACUUUGUAUCUUAUACUAAUGAUAGACAAAUCACGUGGAGAAAUGAUUGCCACGGAAAAAAUUACAGACUAUGUUGAUCGCGUGAUUCCUAAUUAUUCCAAUACCGUAUUUAAAGAACAUUUCAGAAUGUUUCCGGCAACAUUCGAAAUGGUUUUAUCAUUGAUCGGACCAGCGUUAAAUGCCACAUCCACUGUAACUGGUAGGAAACCAAUUUCAGCAGAAAAACAAUUAUAUAUUGCCCUUUGGUUUAUGGCUACUCCUGAUUCGUACAGAUCAGUUCGCACUAAAUUUGGAGUUGGCAAAGCAACUGCUUUCAGAGCUGUCAAACGUGUUGUGUAUGCACUUCAUUGCAUCGCACCUAGAUUUAUUCAGUGGCCGAAUGAAGAUGUUGCCGCCAAUAUUAUGGAACAAUUCGAAAGCAUUUGUGGCUUCCCAAAAGUGAUUAGUGCCAUAGAUGGUACCCACAUCAAGAUCCGAGCUCCAUCAAUUGAUGCUGUUUCAUAUAUAAAUCGGAAAGGUUUUGCAUCUUUAAACGUGCAAGUAGUGUGUGAUUCGCGUGGCCUUUUCACGCACUGUUAUGCAGGAGAAGUAGGAUCGGUGCACGAUGCUAGAGUUUUUAGAAACUCCCCCGUAGCACGUUUUCUUGAGACACCUGACCUAUAUUUUCCUAAUGGCUCAUAUAUUAUUGGAGAUGCUGCAUAUCCCAUACAUCCACACCUUUUGGUUCCAUUUCGAGACAAUGGACAUUUGUUAAACACAAAAAACUUUAAUUAUUGCUUGUCAGCAACGAGAAUGGUGGUUGAACGUGCAAUUGGGCAGUUAAAACUGCGUUUUAGAAUACUGUUAGAUUGUCUACCAUUGACGAACGUCAAAAAAAUUCCACAAUUUAUAAUAGCAUGUUGUGUGUUACAUAACAUAUGCAUAUUACAAAAUGAUGUAAUAACUGUUGGUAUUCAACAUUAUGACCAGGACGAAUUACAACAACCUGUUCGCAACAAUAACACUGAACUAGGAAAUGCUACAAGAAUGAGAGUAAUGAACGAAUUGCAAAUGAAGCUUCAAUUGAUUGAUGAAUAAAUGUACAAUGAUUGUAAAUUAUGAAUUUCUAAAUAAAUGUAAUAAACAAGCAGUCUUUUAUGUUUAA